AUGUCUGCUCCUAGUGGUUAUAAAGUCUCUGCAGUUGACCUUACAGGUUUUAAUGAAAGAUGGUUUUGCUCAUCAUGUGGAUUUGUUCCACGACUUGUGGUACAAACAGGGUUAUGUGAGCAUCUUUAUUGUGAAAAAUGUCUGGCUGCUGUUUUAAGGUAUGGUUUGUACUAUUAAAAAGUAGCUAUUGACUCACAAUUUUCAAUGAUGAUAGUAACAAUUAGGAAUGAUAAUAAUGAUAAUAAUAAGAAGAAUUAUUUGAAUAAGAUGCAUUGAAUCAUUAUAUGGACUUGAAAAUACAUGAGAAUAGUAAAGUUAUUGUAAGAGUCAGGAAGACGAAGUGUACUUGUACAGGUGUAUGAAGUUCUCAUGUGAAUAGAACUAAAACAGAGAUGCCAACCUCCAGAGAUCUAAAUUCUGGGGACUCUCUCUUUUGCACUACCCCCCCAUGUCAAGGCCCUCCCCCACCUCAUCUGUAAAUUGACCCAGCGGCCAAAUUAUGACAUGGGAAUGGCUUAGGACAUUAUAUAAAGUCUUACAUGAAGUACGUACUAUCAAAUUCGCAUAGGGCCAUUUCAGAUGUCAAACUUUUCAUGUACCGAAAUUAAUACCUCUUUGGGUCAACCCAAAUAAUAAAGUUUGACACUUGAUUCUGACGUAGAACUUAACAUGUGCCGAACCUAGUUUGUGGAGUGAACAAAUAUCAAUUUAUAGCUUUAAGAAGGAAAUUGACGAAAGUGGUUUGCAAUAAAUCAGAUGCCUUCUAUUUCGACUCAAUAUGAAUAGUAGACAAAAUUUCUUGAAUUAGUAACCAUGUAGGAAGAUCUUGCUUGUAGCGGGUUUCCUUCUUUUUUGCUCUGUUAUGUUCAGGUAAAUAUUUUUUUAUAUACUCCCAUUGAAACACAGCAAUAAAGUACCAGUUUUGUGUGGAUAUAGACGCUUAAAAGCAAGUUGUAUUCAAUAAGCUGUUUUAUGCUGCCCAUGCAGUUUCAAUUUAAAUUCCCUUGGGAGAAUGCUGCUUGGGAAGGUCAAGGGUUGUCACGCUUCUGUCUGUCGGCUGUCGGCUCACAGAUGAAAUAGUGCUGAAACUACGUUAAUAUAAUUUAUGCAUCAGGUUCGGCACAUGAAAAGUUUAAUGUUUAAAACGAAGUCACUCCACAGUCAAAAUUCCCAUGUAGACCACUCAAACUUAAUAAUUCCUGGGUUGACCCAAAGUAGAUAUGUUGAACUUAAUUGCUUCAAACGUUGAUCUUUUCAUGUACUUAAUUGUAGGAAUUAGGUUCAAUACGUGAAAAGUUUCACUUUUGAACUGGGCCUAGGCCUUACAUCAUUGUAAUGAUGAAAUAUCUUUGUCAGUGACUAAAAACGUGCAAAAAUGUCCCAGAAACCAUACAUUGAAUACAAAAAAUUCGAAUUUUGAGGAAAAAAUGGGCCAAAUUUCAAACUAAUUAAAGCACAGAAAAGCUCAAAAGUCCAUUUUAUCCAAGUAAGAAUUAUUGUUUCAUCAAAGUUAAAUUUUAUUCUGAGUGCAUAAAAGUGAGAAUUAAAAAAUAUAUAAUUAUAUAUAUUCUGUCAAUUCUUUCAUCCAAGUGAAAAGGUUUCAGUCAAAAUCAGCGAGCCUGAUAUCACUAUGCAGUAGGGGUGACUUAAUUGCACCCAUUUUGACUAUUGCAAUAGUAUUGCGAUAGUUGAAACACCAUUGCAAUAGUAUUGCGAUAGUGGUGAUACUUAGUGGUGAACUUCUUAAUUCAAGGAAGAUGCUUCAGGAGAUCAUUUAAAAACUAUUGUAACUAUCGUUAUUUUAUGAAACUAUUGUGAUUAUUAUCGAUAGUUAAACUUGGUAUUGAUGUAUUGCUAUCGGAACACUUACAAUCGCGAAGCAUCGAUAGUUCAGAUAGGCAAUGAAAAUUUCCCCAAUGAUUUUCCAAUUUCCCCAAUGAAACUGGGGAAUGAAUAAAUAUUUUCAAUUGGCAUGAAGUAGGGCAGACACUUCUUGGCAUUUCUGUGUAGGAGGGAAGACAGUUUGCUUGCAAGAAUUGUUUUCAAAAUCUGACGCUAUUGGGAAUUGGCAAGGCUCAUUUUGUGCAAACACACAAGGACUUUGGAGUUUUUUUGAAGAUUAAUCACAUAAGCCAACAUGCAUGCUUUUGCAGCUGCCCAAGCCAGGGGAAUGUUUUUAAUUCCAGUGGUCUGGGGAGUUUUGAAUGAAGAAACUCGGUUUUUGCCAAAUGAAUUGAAAUAAAUGAGGCGCUCUUAUGGGGGUUACGUAUAUUUGUAGUAUGAAUUUCAAAACCUGUGAUUUUACACGUAUUGAUUGAGGAGGAAGCCAUGUUGCUGGCAGUAUUUUACUUUUGUAUUUGCUCUGCUCUUUUGUAUUUUGUCUGUCACUCUCACAGUUUCAACCUAUCUUUGGGUUGUUUGUGACCAUUUCUGCUGUCCUAUGUCACUGUUUUAAGGUCAUGUCGCCUGUCACAAUUUUACCCUCUAACAUAAUUUAGUAAAAUCCAACUAGUGGUCUAUUAUCAAUGUUGUGUUCUGAUUGGUUGAGCUACUACUAGGCUAUAUGUUAUAGCCCACUAGUAGCAAAAAGGGGGGCUUUUUGGCGGCAAAAAGGGAUUUAAGUCUAGCUUUAACUAGCAAAAAUUUUUUUAUUCUUGAUAUUUUUGACCAACUAGUUGGAUUUUACUAAAACAAUAUUAUUCCUCUCGCCCUCAUGGCCUCUGAGUCAAUAGCGCAUUCGGCCUUUGACUGCAUGGGCUAUUGACUCAGAGCCCAUUUGGGCUCGAGAAAUAAUUGUUAAAUAGCCUCAUUAAUGCUACAAAGACCCGUGUCAGAAAUUUCUGGCUUUUUAUCUGAAGGUUUAAUUGUUUUAAUCAGUGCAUAAGAGAGCAUGCUUGCUGCUUAGAUUGGGAAAAUGUUUCAACUGUACGUAUUUGCCAAUUUUAUUUUGAAAAAUGCCCUAAUAACUGUAUUAUGAUCACUGUUUCAAAAGGAAAUGUUUGUAAACAUGUGAAAUUCAGAUGCCAAACGUGUCUAGCAUAUGUUUUUCAUCAUAAGUGGAAGUUUGUUUAUCAAUGAAUGGUGAAAGGUGUGAAAUUCUGGUCACUUCCCCUGAACAUGAGUUGAAGUGAUGUUAAGACAGUCCCUCUAUUUAAUUUCUCGCCCUCCCAGCCAUCCCCUGGCCCCCCAUAGUAAGUAGAUUUGACACUCAUCCAAGAUGGUAGUCUGCUACACAGCCAUUUUUAGUGUCGCUGCUAACGCUCCGGGAGCAGCCUUGCGUGAACAAGAUGGCUGCCCUUAACACAAUGUCCUCGAUCUCGACGAUCUUAUGAAAAAAAAACUGUGAACAGUCUACCAUAAUAAUUGAAGGUUGUAGGUGUCAUGUGAAACUUGUGAAGUGGUAAAUCACCCCAAAAUUUCAAUGUCAAUUUGACCUUGGGAAAUUGUUUAAUGAAAGGUACUUGAAUUGUGUGAUUUUUCGAAGAAUUAUGCGAUUUUCCUCAAAUUGUGCGAUUGAAUCGUAAGAAAAUAGUUUUGAGGCCAAUAUAAGUGUGAAAUAUUAACACCAUUUUGUUAAUAUAUAUCAUGAUCAGAGGCCCUGCUAAGAGAUUAAGGGACCAGUGCUUCAGUUUUAAAGCUACCCUUUCAGUGUGUAAGUGCCAGUUCACCUUUAUCCUUUGAUGUAAAUUUUGUUCUAUUUUUUAACCAAAGGGCAAAAUGAUACCAUAGCUAGAAUCCAGGGCUCUCAUGUUUCAUUUCUCUGUUCAUAUUACAGACAAACAAAUCCAGUUUGUGUCAAGUGUGAAAAGCCUCUGCAACACUGUCAGGUUAGUCAUGACUGAUGUCGACAAGGUAUACUCUUGAAGAACUGAUUGGUGUGAUGAAAAUGAAAUGAAAGAAUAAAUAUUAUUAAAGAACCAUUAUGUUAUAGAUAAUUUAUGGAACUUAUGGAAUAAUGGAGAUUAUUUCCAGGGCUAAUUUUUACCUUGUUUUACUAGUUUUCAUCGGAGGAAAGUAAUUUAAAAUAAAAAUUGUUAAUUGCUCAGUAGAACUAGGCAAUUUGAGAAAUUUGCAUGUAGUUAUAAACAGAAUCAUUAACUUAGAAAAGCAGGAAGUGGCCCUGGGCAAUCAAAAUGUGAGAGCUGUUUGCCUGAGGGACAAGCUGGAAGUUUUUCUUUUCUUUUCUUUUCUUUUUUCUCAAGCCCUGUUAUUUCAGAACAAAGUAUAAACUUUGUUUUAUUUUUAUGACCAAAGCCAGGAAAUGAAAUGGAAGGAAAAAGAUGCUUUGUAUACUUUUGGUACUUACUUGAUAGGUUGUUCUUGCUGAUUACACUGCUUGUCUUAAAAAUAAGUCUAUGUUAUGUAAGUUCUGACAGCAAUAUCUUCUCAUGGAAAUGCGGGAUCUAUCCUCUUCUGGAAUGGUGGCUAUUAAGGCUAUUUUGUGAGCCAUUUGUGUAAAUGGAAACCUCCACAAUGCAACGACCCUGUUGUCUGGUUCAGCAUUUCAAAUUAUUUCAAAAGAGCUUCUUCUCACAGGUCAGUAGAUGGUAGACAGUCAUUAUUGCUUGUAGACUAGACAACGUUGAUGCGAAGGGGCAGAUUUGCCCCAUUCCUAUUAAUCUGCAUUAAAUAUUAUGUCUCAUUGUGUAGUUUGCCUGAAAUGGUGCAGACACUUCUCCAAACACUCUUCUCUCAACUGGUAAACAUGCACUUUCAUUCUUCAUUCUUUCCAAAGAAACCUCAUUUAAUACUGGCUGAUCACUUUCAGGUAAACACAAUAUGUGUUAUAUCUCUCUCACUUCUGCAGCUAAUGCAUUUCUUCUUUUGCAAGAAUCACACUACCCUAUUUAACAACAAUGACAUGUACGAUCUGGUCUGAUCUGGUGUUAGGUUAUAAAUAUUUAUCAUUCAUUCUUUUUUACCUUUGAAUUUCAAUGAUGUAUACGUAUUACACACUCUCCUUAGAGGAUCAGGUGUCUUGGGAUUGAUAACUAAUCUUUGUGGAACAUGUAAACACAAAGUCACUUUCGUUUUAUACUUCUGAUUUGGUUAAUUUUCUCACCUAGCUCUUCUCAUUGUCAUCCUAAAUUGACUUUGCAUAAGGAUUGUUUGAUUUCGGGAUCAUUCUUAAAUUUCUUCAGUCUUUCGUUGGCCAUGUCAUAGUUGCUGGGAAGUGAUGGGUCUUAUUUGCACCAAAGUUGUCCUGACUUAAUUAUUGUAAAUGGGGAUUUGUUGAGUUGUGAACUGGACAUUCUAAUCACUCUUCAGAGCUAGUAGGAGAAGAAAUACACUUUCAUAAUAUCCCAGAGCCAUUUUGAUCCACGCAAUCUUAAGCUUUCUUCAAAUCUAAGCACGCCAUACUCAGGUUUGUUUCCCCCUGUUACAGAUCACGGCGACCAUUGUGUCAAUCCAUUAUCUGAUGUGCCGCUACAUAGUUGUCUGCCACCUCUUUGCCCACCCUCCAUCGAGUCAAACUCACUGAGAUGAUUGUCCAUGGGGCCCAAAUGUUUUGUAAAUUUAGUGCUUAUUAUGAUGUGAGAGACUCAGUUCACAAACUUGCCUUGCCUAAGCCUAGGACAGAGCACCUUAGGCGCAGCUUUUCCUAUAGCGUUCCCGCCUUGUGGAAUUCUCUGCCUCAAGGUCUAAGGGAAUGUAACUCCCUGGUGGUUUUCAAAGAGAAGCUUAAAAGUUACUACUCUCGUUUAAGCUCCCACACGACAAUUAUUUAAGUGAUUUAGAUUUUAGUACUUUACUUUUAUUUAGUAUGUACUUUUUAAACUGAUGAUUUCCCGUGUAUAAAUAAAUGAAUGAAUGAAUCUUUGUCUUUCGCAUGUAAUUAACCAGCUCAGUGGUAGAGAUCUUUCUGGUUCCUGUAUUAGUGGGUGCGGUUUUUUCUUCCUCUGUUUCUAAGUUUCCUAUUUUCUAUGACGCUGCUCGACGCCUGCCUUUGGGAUAUUAUUGUCAUUAUUACAAUUACUUGUCUGGUGUAUGUGAGUCUUUGAUUCACUUUAUCAUCGCCUAAUGGUUAUGCUCUUUUGUUUCUCAUGCAAACAAUCCUGGCACUAGGUUUUUAGUAAACUUACAUGUAUGCCAACCACUCUUUGAUAAAUCACUCUAAAAACUGUAAGUAAAUUUGACCACCUCCAUUUUCUCUUCUCAAGCAUCUACGCAUCCUUGGCAUUGACUGGCAUUUUUUUUAGCUGAUUCACGAACGACUCCCUAUGGCACAGAAAAAUGGGAAGCUUAGCGAUGCUUACCUUAGUGUGUCUGUGGUGAAUAUUUGUUAACAAAGUUGUGCUUCAUGUAUAUGUUGUUGUUGAAUUUUAUCCUUGGUUUAAAUUUUAGUUUCCUUUGUUUUGUGGUAUGGUAAUUAAUGGAUGAUAAUGAGUUUGAAACAAAGGAAAAUAAAAUUUAAACCGAGUAUAAAAUGGAACCACAACAUACACACCCAUUAACUCAGAUUUAUUCAUACCAUUUAUUCAUACUGUCUAAUGUGUUCGCCAUUUGAAUUCAUUUGGUCUCGAUCUACACACAUUUUAGCAGCUAACACAACAGUGUUCACCCAACCAAAUUGCUCAUCGAAAAAGCACAGUCCAUUAUACUUCCUUAUAAUCAGAACCUAGCAGGAAUUUUGCCAAACAGGACUUUGUCUUUCCUUGCAUGGCAUCUAACAGGGAUUUAAGCUUCCCUGUAGCAUUGUAAAGGUCCUUUUCAUCAUGCUGCUUUGGGUCUCCACUAAAUUUUGAUACAUUUAGUUUGACAAUCUUAAUGAAAGCUGCGGUAGCAUUUCCUCAAACAUUUGAUCCAACAUGACCUGGGGCUCACUGGAGCUUCCUGUGGCAGGUGUAUUACACAUAUUUCUGGCCCAAGAUUUAAUUUAUUAGUAUUCGGUUUAUUAGACAUAAUUUCACCACUGUCCUCUCCUGCUUCACCACCUGGAAUGGUUGACGAUUCCUUUCCAACAGGGUCAUUAUCAUCAACAACAGUCUGAGUGUUGGAAGCGGAAUUCAGAUGUAAGCAUGAAACCCAAUCCUGUACACUGUCAACAGGCAUCUUUAUGGUCAAUAUCCCCAUGAUAAGAAUUCUUAAUGACAAGGCCAUGUUUGUAAGCGAAUUGUAUUUUUGAUUCUUGAGCACACAGUAGUCUCUUUUGAAUCAUAGAGGUCACAAUAAUGCUCUUCUCAUGACCCACUCUGCUUCUGGCAGUCUAUAAUAAUAAUCUCCAUAAAUUGUGCUGAUUUUAGUGGGUAUUUUUUACUUGUGCCAGCCCAAAUGCUUAUGUAUCAUGCCAUAAAAAUUUCGAUCAUUGAUGUCCUUGGCAUUGAUGGCUGUCUGUCGCUGUCUGUAUCUUAGUACAGAGUUGUGGGAGCCAUUAGCCUGUGAUCAGCAUAAUGUUUGCAGACAGCUUGUUGGACUCUCUACCAGACAAUCCUGAGUGCUUGUCCUAUUCUGUGUAAUGGUAACAAUUAUUAUUGGGAUUCUGAUUGGGCUAGAGGUCACUUCUGUCUUUAAAAAUGGUACCAUCUCCCCAUGAGCAAUUAUUAUUAUUGUUUUAAUAAUGAUAAUAAUAAUAAUAUUAUUAUUAUUAUGUAAAUGUUUCACAGUCAUUUUAAAUAGAUUUAACUGUUGGCUUUUAUAAUAGGGUUUAUCAUUAUUAUUAUUAUUUAUUUCUUUAUUAAUUUUAUUUAUAGUUUCUAAUACUUUUUAUUGUAGUUUUUAAUAGUUUCUCAUGGUUUAGUCACCUUUAACAUAAAUUUGAUAUAACAAUAUUGUAAAGCGCAACCGAAUAUAUUCAUAUAGAGGUUUGCGCUAUAUAAAUGUAAAUUAUUAUUAUUAUUAUCAGUCAUUAAGACUGGAAGGUCUCAUUGACAGCAGGCUACUUCUAGUAUUAAACCUUGGGUGCCUACUUUUCCUCUACUUAAUAUUGGUGUGACUAAUAUCCCUUGUCUAAUAAUCUUCUAAGGAUCCUUGCUGUUCCCAAGAGGCAUACUUUCUGUACUUCCUUGGCUAUGUUCAGCACCUCUAACUGUUUCCUUAGGCGGCUGAUUGACACCAUUCCAAGGGUGCCAAAAAUCACAGACACGAUAGUGACUUCUGUACACUUCCAAAUUCUUUUGAGGUCCCCCUCUUCAAAUCCUGGUACUUUUCCAAUUUUUCUUUUCCUUCUCAGAGGUUCUUGUGUUGAAGGGACACACCGCACAUACGAUAUCUAUUAUGAGACAUUUCCCUUCUCUCUUGUCCAUCAGUAGCCUUCGAGAGCAUCCGGUUUUUUCGGCUUUAGUUUCACCCGCCGAGAAAAACCGACGUUAAUUUUUCGGAGGAAGAGAAGCGACGACCGGAAAUACGCUUGAUGUUCGCAGGCUAGUCCAUCACUGCAAUGUCAGGCUUGUUUGCCUCCACUGCCAAAUCCAAUUAUUAUUGUUAUUAUUAUUAUUAUUAUCAUUAUUGCCAACGAGCAGCCUCGCGAAGACGCUGAGAAAAAUAAUGACUCAGCGAAAGUUUUUGUGUCUUUGAAGCAAAAUAAUUCGGAAGGGUUCAUUGGCGCACCACAAAUAUAGGUCUGUACGUUGAAUAUUCGCGGGCUUUAAUAUGAUUUUUUGAGGAUUUUAAGUUUGCUUAUAAGACAACUAAAUUUUACGCAAAAUGAUUUGUGCGCAACGGACAAAAACACGAACUUCAAUAUCUCGAAAAAUUUGCUGCCUUAAGUCGGGAUUUCAAAUUCUUUAUGCAGUAGAACAGUUUAGUUCACUACUUUCAAAAGACAAAUUAAAGCAAGGGGCACACAUACACCAAACCCAUGAUCCGCCUUCCCUGCGCAUGUCGAGGGAGAACCGCCGUGCGGUUGCCAGCCAACAGCUCCCAUAAGUGUCGUGUGGAGCUGGCACUUAAAGGACUUGUGUCGGCAGGAAAAGGCGCUUUAUACACGAGUUUGCCCCAGUCACUGGCCAAAGGCUAUGCCAUGCUGAUGUGUUCCAGUAAUGGCGAAACAUCUGUCCAUGGCUGCCACUGCCCGCGUGAUAUGGCUGUGCGCAUGCGUGAGGUAAUGGCCAGGUUGUGGGGUGGUGUAUGUGUGCCCCUUGCUUUAAUUUACUGGUAACUCGUGAUCCACCUUCCCCGUGCAUGUCGUGGUAGAACUGCUGUGCGGUUCCCAGCCAACAGCUCCUACAUGUGUUGUGUGGAGCUGGCGCUUGAUAGACUGAAUUGCACUCACCUAGGCAGUGAGGUAUUUUUUGAGACGCGGCUUUUCGCUGUUCAUUAACCCAACGGCUUUACCAUACCGGUGACCCGCAAUAAGAGUGAAGCAGCUGUCUGCGUGAUAUCGCUGUGCGCAUGCGUGAAGUACUGGCCCGGCCGUGGGUUGGUGUAUGUGUGCCUCUUGCUUUAAGUCUGCACUAUUGUCAAUACAAUCGAAUUCUAUUUUUGUUCACUCUAUUUUUUAUCAAUUACUGUAAUUCAUGACAUUUCUAAACAAAUUCAAUAGCACGCGCGUAUAGAUAAAAUCUUUGCUUGUUGGCACUUAGCGAUAGCUAUAACUAGUUAUUAUUAUGUUCUUGUCAAGUUUUCCUGCUUUUCUCGGGGCGUUAUAGGGGAGAAGUUAAUUCAGGGACAGUGCUUUCCUUAUUAUCAUCAUCAUCAUCUUUAUUAAUUUUAUUUUUCCAUGCAUUGUCCUGUGCAUCCUGUAAUGCUGAGUCCAAUCUGUGGACCUAUUGCACUAAAGGAAGACGUCAAUUUGUUGACAGAACUUGGCGUAGUUGCUAAUUCUGGGCAUUCAAUGAUGAUUUUGCUGUUGAUGUUGUUGUUGUUGUUGUUGUUAUUAUUAUUAUUAUUAUUAUAACGAUAGUAUUUCUUCUCUAAAGGCUAGGUCCAAACCACGAUCCUUGGGCACUAGUUAGCUUGCUUUGUCUUGAGAAGGAGAGGCUUGCUGUUGGUCAUCACCCUUGGCGGAGAUUUUCAGGUCAUCUAUGUAGAAGAGAUGAUUCAGCUUGGAAAAUACAGUAAUGAAUGUUUUUGUUGAGUGUCAAGCUAAGGGUAGCAAGGGCAGUACGGAAAAGCAGAGGUGAUGAAGAAUCUCCUUGAACAAAAUGCCACGUUUGAAUUCUUUUUGCCUAGGAGAGAUUGACCCGCGAGACCUUGGUUGAGAUGCAGGGUUGUCUUCCAAGAUUUCAUAUUCCUGGCUUUGAACCUUGUGAUAACUGGGCGCACUUAAUUGCUUUGUACAUUGAAAGUUGUUGUUGUUGUUAUUGUUAUUAUUAUUAUUGUUAUUAUUAUUAUUAGUAUCAUCAUUAUUAUUAUUAAUGUAAAACAUUGACACUUAUUACGAAGAUCCAUAAAAUUUUGCCAAAUUUGUAACUAUUGCUAUUUGUUUUCUCGGAACAGUGGUUUCCUGACAACUUUCUUAGAAGGGAGAUUGAAUGCAAAUUUGUACAUUGUAAAAAUACAGCUCUAGGAUGUGACUGGAGAGGUGAAUUAAAAAGUGCUGAUGUAAGUACAAAUACAUCACUCAUAAUUACGUGUUUUGGUUCAAUUUUAUCCCUAGCCUGCGUCUCAGACGUAAUUUAACCCCAGUUAGUAACGUUUGCGAAACAGCGCUAAGAUCCUUGUUCUAGGCCCCCAGCGGACUCAACGAAUUACCGGAAGUGGGUUUCGAAUUUCGUUUCACCCCGAUUGGCAAAUCGAAAGUGACGUUUUUAACAGGCCAAUCAUGGCGCGUACUCAAAUCCUGGUUCACAGGUGGGGGGGUUGGCAGAACAAGGAUUUCGGUGCUGUUACGCAGACGGACUUAACCAGAGUUUAGUUUCGUCUGUGGCGCAGGCUAUUUUAUCCCCGGCUUGAAUUAUAUUUUUCUUUGUUUUCAGGUAAGCUAAUGCAUUUGAUGACUUUGAGGCAAAGGAAAAUGAAAUGUAAACCCUUGAUAAAAUUAAAUCACAAAUAGCUAAAACACUUUAUUGUGUUAUCUAAAUGGCAAUCAAAACCUAGGAGUCUGAAAAAAAAAAUACGAAAAGACAGGACGGGUUGAUAUAGGCAAUGCAUUCUGCAGUUUUUAGUAAAACUAACUUUCAACGUGGUACUUUAAUUGAAUUAAAAUGUUAAUUAUGCAAAAGAUUGAAAGGACACUGAUCAAUACCCACACUACAAUGCCCUACGUAACCAACAAUAGCUUCUGCAAAAUCAUGAAACACCCAUGUUAUUUGUCUUGCAAUUGAUAGUCUUAUUUUUUCUUAAGAUCAGUUUUUUCAAGGUGCGAACUGCUGGCGUGAGAUUCUUGUGCAAAGCACGCGAGCCUCACACGUCAAUAGCGCCAGUCUCUCGCUCCGUUUUUCACCUUCCUUACGUCACUUACGUCUUCUUGACUUACGAAAAAUACGGGCUGUUUUACAGUCUAUGCCACCGAUGUUGGUGGGAGAAACUGUUACAUCAUGCUUUGUACCCUGAAAGGUGCAAUUUGUAUUUUCCAUUGUCCUAGUUAAUCCUCCGAGGGUUGAUUUCCAGUGCCGCGAAAUUUGUACGUGCGUAAAAUUUACGUUCGCAAAUAAAAUAGAGGCAAUGCAUAAAUGGUCUCUCGUAAGCGUUAAACCUCGCUCAACUUCUCGUUUAUGCUCAGCACGUUUUAUAUUUUAUUCACGUGAUCAAAAUUUACGUGCGUUAGGCUGCGUGCAAACGGACGCAACAUUGUUGACCAACAACUCCCAACAUUGUUGGAUGUUACAUGUUGCGUCCGUUUGCACAUCCUGCUGCAUGUUGUUGGAUGUUGUUGCGCAAAGUUUGAAACCGGUCAAACUUUUACCCUCGUGCAAACGGACGCAACAUUGUUGGCUUACAACUCCCAACAUUGUUGGGAGUUGUUGCGCCCGUUUGCACGUAGCCUUAACGUUCGUAGCCAAAAACGCAUCAGUGGAAAUCAACCUUAACUGCCAUUUUUCCCCUGUGACCAUGUCAGCUAAUUAAAUUCAUAGUAGUUUAUCAAGCAGUUGUCGACUCCCACAGAUACAACGUAGUAAAUUUGCUGCUUGUGUCUUUUUCUGUAGCCUGCGAACCGCAGACGUAUUUCCGGUCGUCGCUUCUCUCCCUCUCGGAGGGAGAGGAGCGAAGAAGCGACGACUGGAAAUACGUCUGCGGUUCGUAGGCUUCUUUUUCUGUGGCUGUAUAAAAGUUCUUGUCUGUCUUAGUGAUAUCAAUGAGAGACAAUUAAGAAACAAUUAACUGAACUAGUUCUAUCGACCCAAUAAGCUACUCACGAAGCAAGGUUUAUAAAUUUGUCGGAGUUCGUGCCGCGCGUCUUAGGUUGGGUAGCUGCACUUGCCUAGCAACAAAAUGGCGAAAAACAAACCUACAAGCCCGGAAACUGUUACUUACCAUCGGCAACAAAAGCCACCCUCAAACAUGCUUACCUCGAUGCUCCUGUUAUCAAAACAUACGCCCGUUCCCGGGAGUCCAAUGGAAUUUUUGACGAUUCUUGCUAUGCUAUUCGCCACUUUUGUACUACCAAUACAGGUCAGCCACCGCGUCGUUGUUCCUAUGAAUAUGAUUGACGUCAGUCGUAUUGAUAUGGACAAACAUUUUCCAAAUUAGUCACUCUAGCCGAACAUGAAAAAUAAGCGGGGGGUGGGGGGCUCAGUUAACCAGAAACGAAGAAAUAUCUCGAAUGAACAGUAAUGUAAGUUAUUAAAUGCGUUAAAUUUCAUUUAGGUUCAUCAACAUAGUUGCCCAUACAUACCUUCACCAUGUAGGAAUGAUGGCUGCACGAAUAUGGUGCCAGCGAUUCAGUUGACACAGCAUGAAGAGCGAGAGUGCUCGCACCGUCAAAUAGAGUGUGAAUACUGUGGUUCCUCAAUGAUAUCUGAAGCAUGUCAGGUUAGUGAAACCUUUACUUCAGUAAGUGCAAAUCCAAGCAAAUUUAAUGUUGUCUUAAAUGAUGUAAUCUUACAGUGACCGAAGUAACUGGAAAAUGAAAACAAACGUUAAACUGCUUUGCCAAGUUACAGCACAAGGAUUCCUGGAGGUCAUCCGGAAAGGAAUUUAUCAUUUUAGUAAUUAAAAGUUUUAACUUCAAUUCUAAAACCAUCAAUAGGCGGAUUGCAUGCUUCGAGAGAGAAACGUCGUGAACGAACAUAAUUUAGGCGACACCGAAGAAAGGAUAAAGAGUUUGCAAAACCUGGCCUCUUUCUUUAAGACUCAACGACGCACGGUGGCAGAAACGUCAAUUAGCCUUAACAUUCUUUGAAAAGUUUCGAGUUUUUCAAAGAGAAUGUGUCCGAAACUAUUCGGUAUAUUGGCCUCAAAUUUUCACAGAGAACUGAAUUUUUAUGCUCCUUCAAAAUAUGUAUAUAUGAAUAUAUAAUAUAUAAUAAAUAAUAUUAGCAUAAAAGUGUCAGUUAUCUGUGAAAAUUUUCAGUUAUCUGGCAAAAAUUGUUAAAGACUCGCGCACAGAGUGAAGGUGUUCCUCGGUGCGCACUGAAUGCAACGAACGUGACUGUGGACCUUUAACAUUGCCAAGAAAAUGCAUUGUAGAGGUUGACUAUUGUAAAUUUAGGAACUAUAUAAAGUUUAGUAAAUAUGUGGCAAUGAUACCCUGCGAGGAGAGGUUUAUUUUCGGCAUGGCUUUUAGCAUUUUCGUUCGUGUUCCUUGUCAGUCGCGUAGUGGGACGUAAACAAACCAAGUACGCAAGUGGCAAGGGACGCGAACGACUUCGUAGAUGCUACUAGUCAUGCCGGAAAGAAAUCACUGGUUGCAGGGAAUGGUAAUGACAAGCUUUCCUUCAGAGAAUAGUGACCGUUUUCAAGCCCGAGAAGUUCAAGGGAGGGCGUAUCGUUAGUCGUACUCUCUUUCCGGCCCAACUCAAACACUUUGCUCCUUGUCUUUCUUUUCUUUUCUCUUCUGUUUGUUUUACGCUUAUCUUAAAUUUUUAUCUCUUUCAGGAACAUUAUCAGAGUUGUCCUAACGUCUCUGUUACAUGUGACAGAUGUGGAAAAACGGACAUACCACGAGGCCAGGUUGGUUUAAAAUACUAUCUGACUUAAAUCACUUGUUAUACGACUCCGGUCAAGUCCAUUUGUGAAAAGGGAGGCCGGAAUAUCCAUGGCCUGCCUUAGAAGCUGAAACAAACUUUACAGCGGUUUGUCAAUGAGAGGUCGUUUCAAAGUUAGGGAAAAGAAGGUAUGUUUUGUCUUCUACUAAGUGGCACCUUUGGAGAUAAUUUUAAUUAAAAUUUACUGAGAAUAUAUAUAGCACAAAAUGUUCAAAAAAUAAGUGAAUGUAGAAAGCCAUGUGUUUUUGGUGCAAGUGAAAUGAUAGCACUCAUAUUCUUUCGUUUGUUCUCACCUUAUUUUCAAGUAUUCCUUGAAACGACCUUAGAAAUCCCCUAGGAGGGUUUUAUCAUGGUGAGGGUAGAAUGAGGGAAAGAUCCCUACAAUAAACCUUGGAACUACUUGAGGUACCGGCCCGAGGUGAAGUUUGUGUUAUUUUCUCCCUUUCAUUCAGUGCAAAAUUGCUCGAAUAAGUUGUCAUGGAAACAAAAUGAUGUAGGAUAGGACAACAUAUCACACAUGUUAGCCGUUGAGGACAAGUUGUUUGAAAGCGCUCUCCUUUUUUAAUUCAUUAUAUUUUAGAUGCUUUGACGUGUCUCCUCAAAUGUUUGGCCCCAUUUCUUUUAUCUUUUUGGAGCUACUUAAUGAUGAUGAUUAUUAAUGCAACUGUUAAAGUAAGCCGUGUCACAAUUUAGGUCUUGUUUGUUUGUUUUUCCGCUAACUCCUCAGUAGCGUUGUUUGUCGAGUAACAACGAUUUUAAAAUAGAACACCUAUUACUCAAGGUUCAAGUAGUUUAACAAAGAGCUCGGUCAAAAUAUAUUCAUUAGUAAGAGAAUUUAUUUGCCAAGAAUAUAUGCUUAAUGGAGGUUUUACUUACAGUAUUCUUGUUUGUUUGUUUGUUUCGUCAUAGCUUUGGCUGCAUGUUGACCCAGUUAACGGAGACUGCAACAGAAUGUAUUGUCCAUUUAGAGCUCAUGGAUGCUCAUGCGAUGUAAGUUUGAUUAUCCGUGUUUGCCUUGUGUAAAUUUUAAGAAGGGAAGUCUUGCUCUUUGGUGUUUCUUUUAAGUAUAGACUUACCUGAGAUUGGGCCAUGUUAAUUGUUUUAUUUUGAAUUCAUGCAGAUACCUUGACUGUGCCGGCCACAAGAUUUAUAUGGUCACGUUUUAGUGCCUUAAACUCUAGUUCAGUUGUGUGAUGUAAACGUAAGAUUAGUUUUACCUGCUAUAUGAGGGGCAGUCAAAUCUGUUAGUCCUUUCCUCUUCUCCUUCUUUGUGCUCAGUUAUAACGCAGAUAAUGCUAACCGCAUGUUCACAUCAAACAACUAAACUAGACAAAGCACAUCUGAGCUGUAGUCUAAACCUUUUGGUUUAAACAAGACAGCUUGUCUUAAAAACUGUAUUCUUAUGACCAUGACUCUGAGAGAAAACCACCUGUAUAGAUCUUUUAGCUAAAGGAAGAGUUCCUUAACCCAUGUUCCUUACCUGGGUCGAUUCUUCAAAGCACGGCUAGAGCUAUAUAACCAAGGUCUGGCUCUACAAGAGGCACUCAUCUCUGCUUGGUACUUCUUCUUAUCCUACUUCGUAUUCAGUCAGUUGUAAAGCCAGGUGAAGGAAAUAUAGCUCUAGUUGUGUUUCGAGGAAAGCUGGAGAACUGCAUAAUUUUUCUGACGUUUACUUGCAUGAUCUUUAUGCUUUGAAACGAACAGGAACUGUUGAACCGAGAGUCCUUGGCCAGGCAUUUGUCAGAAGAUCUUAGUGGACACCUUCUUCUUUUGCCGCGUCUAAUAGAGAGUAUUCCACAGCAAAGACUUGCAGUUUCUCCUCCUCGAGGUGAAAUUAGACAAGACCUCCUUGCAGCGGAAGCUGAAGUCACAGCACACAGCUGGGCUUUAACCACCCAUUACAGAAGGCAAGAGAAAUUGGUUGCCGAUGUAAAAGCCUUAAUCGUCGCAUCGUCGGAGACUGCACGCGUGAUUGAACAAGUGAGUUCAGAACAAAGGCAAGAAAAUGCAAUGUUAAGGAAUAGAAUUGAGCGUUUGGAGGAGGAAUUUGAGCGCUUGAGGGCGACCGUAGAAGGGCAAGGUUUCUCCCUCAAUGCGUUGUGGCGGUUUAUUAGGGAAUUACUGCGUCUUCCACAAUGGUUAAUCAGGGGAAGGCUUACUUGA